UGUGUGUGUGUGUGUGUGUGUGUGUGUGUGUGUGUGUGUGUGUGUGUGUGUGUGUGUGCGUGCCUCUCUCUCAGAGCCCGUUUUGGAUGCGCUGAGCGCGCGGGGUGCAGCGCUGCGGUCUAUGGAAGUUGUGGGCUGUAAGACUGAGGCAGGCAGUUGCACGUUGCGUCCAGGACCGGGAGCCAUGCUUUUCCACGGGAUCUCCGGGGAUCACAUCCAAGGGAUCAUGGAGGAGAUGGAGAGGAGGUCGAAAACGGAGUCACGCCUAGCGAAGGGCGUGCAGCUCAACGGCAGGGAGUCGACGAUGCCUUCGAUGAGUCCGGAGAAACCAGCUCUGUGCGCCGGCUGCGGUGGAAAGAUUUCGGACAGAUACUACCUCCUGGCCGUGGACAAACAGUGGCACCUGCGGUGUCUUAAGUGCUGUGAAUGUAAAUUAGCGCUGGAGUCUGAGCUCACGUGUUUUGCAAAGGACGGCAGCAUUUACUGCAAGGAGGACUACUACAGAAGGUUCUCCGUGCAGAGGUGCGCGCGCUGCCACCUCGGGAUAUCCGCCUCGGAGAUGGUGAUGCGAGCACGCGACUCCGUGUACCAUCUGAGCUGCUUCACGUGCACCACGUGCAACAAGACGCUGACCACGGGCGACCACUUCGGCAUGAAGGACAGUCUGGUUUACUGCCGCCUGCACUUCGAGACGCUCGUGCAGGGGCCGGACUACCACCCGCAGCUCAACUUCGCCGAGCUGGCGGCCAAAGGCGGCGGCCUGGCGCUGCCCUACUUCAACGGCACCGGCACGGCGCAGAAAGGACGGCCGCGCAAGAGGAAGAGCCCGGCCAUGGGGAUCGACAUACCGAGCUACAAUGCAGGCUGUAACGAGAACGAGACAGAUCACUUGGACCGGGACCAGCAGUCCUACGCGCCAACGCAGAAGACCAAACGCAUGCGGACCUCCUUCAAGCACCAUCAGCUGCGGACAAUGAAAUCCUACUUCGCCAUCAACCACAACCCAGAUGCCAAGGACUUAAAGCAGCUGGCCCAGAAAACGGGCCUCACUAAGAGAGUUCUGCAGGGAGAACAAAUCUUGGGGCAUUACAGCCAUACAUCCCGACGUUUGAAAAUUCCCUAAAGUAUUAACAGAAGGGGAAAACUUUGAUGGGAAUUCAUCACCAUUGAAGACAAAGACAAUAUUAGGAUAAGAUGAUUAGAGAGCAAAUAAACAAGCAACAGAAAAUGAGUUGCAAAUGUACAACAGAUGACUGUUUAAGCAAAAGUUUGUCCUGAAUGUUUGAAUCCAUCGACGGAGGAGACACCAACAUGUGUGAUAUUUAUGUGAAAAGAAAGCUUUGUACUGGAAAAAUCAAAUGUAACAUAGUAUUAAAACAAACAAACAAACCUGAAGUCCAUGCACUCUGAAUAAAUGAAAUGUUGUAUUUACUUAAUGUAGUUAUGUUAGUCGGCUCCACAAAAUGUGGUUGUUGAAAUUGGAAUUAAUUAUGUUUCCCAUUUCAACAAACAAGUUUUGUGGAGCCGAUUGACAUAACUAGAUUAAGUAAAUGCAACAUUUCAUUUUUUUUUAGAGUGCAGAAAGGCUGGAGGUGAUUAAAAAACAGCAUGACAACACACACACACACACACACACACAGUACUGUACAGCACAGCCAACUAUCAGCCUGCCAAAUAGAAGUUUUCUUUCGCCACAAGUGUCAUUAGUAAACACGCAGCCUCCUUGAAAGUGGGCAGCAGGACGGCCGUCAGAUAUGAUGAGUGUAUGAAGAGGACGGCAGAGCUGGAGCUUUGCCAUCUGGCUGCACCGAGGGAAGGAAGUGAGACACAAAGUACAUAAAGAAGACAUUUCUUUUUUUCUUUGGUUUUGUUUUUGCAUGCGCCUCAUCAUCUUAACAUUUUUCCUUGAGCUGUGUAUUAUUUGCUUUGAGUCGCUGUGUGAUUGAUUGUCAGCUGAAAAAAAAAAAUAAAGCCGAUGAAAUCGGCGUCCCCAAUGCCUCGCCGAGGAGGAAACAAAUGUGGCCGUGAGGACGCGGAUCAUAAUAAUGCUUCAAGCUUAUUUGUGCGUGUCAUCCAGCUUUCUGUAGAGGGUACAGACAAUCGUUUUAUUGGUUUCAUACCUCGUUAUCGUGGAUAUUCUUGACAGCAGUGUAGUGCAUGUUGUAAGAUUCCCAGCAACCUUUGCCAGGGCUAGAAAUGACACAAAUGCAACUGGCACUCUUAAUAUUUACGGUGUACAGUGGUUCUAAAGUGCUCCAUGCCUGCACACAUAUAUGUUUUUUUGGGAAUAAAAGGUGACUUUAAGAUUU